GCGCCGGUUUCCGGCCAGCUCAGCAGCCGCCUUCCGCCGGCAGCCGGGCCCCGCGCCGCAGCGAGGACCCGCAGGAGGAGCGGCGGCGGGCCGAGGAGCGCGGCGAGCCGCAGCCGCCCCCCGCCACCAUGCUGGGCUUCUGCCGGGCCAUCCCCACGGAGAUGGACUACAAGGGCCAAAAAUUAGCGGAACAGAUUUUUCAAGGAAUCAUUCUUGUCUCUGCAGUAAUUGGUUUCAUCUAUGGCUACAUCACUGAACAGUUUGGAUGGACCGUCUACAUAUUUAUGGCUGGAGUUGCUUUAUCGUGUCUGCUAACGCUCCCGCCGUGGCCUAUGUACCGCCGCAAUCCUCUGAAGUGGUUACCUGUCCAAGAGUCGGGAACAGACGAUAAGAAGCCAGCAGACAGAAAGCCAAAGAGACGCUAAAAGCUAAAGAAUACGGUUCUUCAUGAUGUUACAUUGCAGCAGUUAGCUUUCUUAAAUUUUAAUACAUUUUCCCUAGGA